GGAGGGGUCCGUGGAGGCCCCGCCCGCGCGCCUCGCCUGAGGCGGUCAGCUCAGCUCGGGCGCCCGCCUCCGCUAGUUAAAUGGACCGGCGGGUCUCAGCCCCCGGAAACUGCCAGGAACUCCAGGGCUGCGAGCGCGACGGGCGGCGGCAACGAGGCACAGGUAACGAAGCGGCAGAGAGCAUCAUGGCAGAGCAGGUGGACCUGAGCCGGACCCAGGUGUGCGGGAUCCUGCGGGAAGAGCUGUUCCAGGGUGAUGCCUUCCAUCAGUCCGAAACACAUAUCUUCAUCAUCAUGGGGGCAUCGGGUGACCUGGCCAAGAAGAAGAUCUACCCCACCAUCUGGUGGCUGUUCCGGGAUGGCCUUCUGCCUGAAAACACCUUCAUCGUGGGCUAUGCCCGCUCUCGUCUCACGGUGGCUGACAUCCGUAAGCAGAGCGAGCCCUUCUUCAAAGCCACCCCCGAGGAGAAGGCCAGGCUGGAGGAGUUCUUUGCCCGCAACUCCUACGUGUCUGGCCAGUACGAUCAAGCAGCCUCCUACGAGCACCUCAAUGACCACAUAAACACCCUCUGCCAGGGGUCACAGGCCAACCGCCUCUUCUACCUGGCCUUGCCCCCCACUGUCUAUGAGGCCGUCACCAAGAACAUCCGAGAGACCUGCAUGAGCCAGACGGGCUGGAACCGCAUCAUUGUAGAGAAGCCCUUUGGGAAGGACCUGCAGAGCUCCGACCGCCUGUCCAACCACAUCUCCUCCCUGUUCUGUGAGGACCAGAUCUACCGCAUCGACCACUACCUGGGCAAGGAGAUGGUCCAGAACCUGAUGGUGCUGAGGUUUGCCAACAGGAUCUUUGGCCCCAUCUGGAACCGGGACAAUGUCGCCUGCGUCAUCCUCACCUUCAAGGAGCCCUUUGGUACUGAGGGCCGCGGGGGCUACUUCGAUGAAUUUGGGAUCAUCCGGGACGUGAUGCAGAACCACCUGCUGCAGAUGCUGUGUCUGGUGGCCAUGGAGAAGCCAGCCUCCACGGACUCGGACGACGUCCGCAAUGAGAAGGUCAAGGUGUUGAAAUGCAUCUCAGAGGCGCAGUUGAAAAAUGUGGUGUUGGGCCAGUAUGUGGGCAAUCCCAAGGGAAAGGGCGAGGCCACCAAAGGGUACCUGGAUGACCCCACGGUGCCCCGGGGAUCCACCACUGCCACCUUCGCAGCUGUUGUCCUCUAUGUGGAAAAUGAGAGGUGGGAUGGGGUGCCCUUCAUCCUGCGCUGCGGCAAAGCCCUGAACGAGCGCAAGGCCGAGGUGCGCCUGCAGUUCCGCGACGUGGCCGGCGACAUCUUCCAGCAGCAGUGCAAGCGCAACGAGCUGGUGAUCCGCGUGCAGCCCAACGAGGCCGUGUACACCAAGAUGAUGACCAAGAAGCCCGGCAUGUUCUUCAACCCUGAGGAGUCCGAGCUGGACCUCACCUACGGCAACAGAUACAAGAACGUGAAGCUCCCCGAUGCCUAUGAGCGCCUCAUCCUGGACGUGUUCUGUGGGAGCCAGAUGCACUUUGUGCGCAGUGACGAGCUGCGGGAGGCCUGGCGGAUCUUCACGCCGCUGCUGCACCAGAUCGAGCGCGAGAAGCCGCAGCCCAUCCCCUACGUUUACGGCAGCCGAGGUCCAGCGGAAGCAGAUGAGCUGAUGAAGAGAGUGGGCUUCCAGUAUGAGGGCACUUACAAGACACAAGGAUAGAGCGAGUCCUUUCCACCUGAAUGCUUCCGUGAGCGUGCUGCCCACACGGACCUGCACCCUGAGUGUUCCUGCCCGGCCAGGUCACUGCAGGGACUCCAUGAGGGCCGUUGGCACAUUGCCAGUCCAUGGAAGUAAGAAGGAUUUAGGAAGGAAAGGCAGCAAGGCUUGUGACUAACAUUGGAGGCCAAGAGGGAGGAGGUAGUCCAGGGAGGCGCCACAGCCUGGCCACUCUGAGGCAGACAGCUGGGGUCCUGAGGUCAUGGAGGCUCCGCUUGUGUUUGUUCCCCAGGGCCACCGUAACAAGCAUGCACUGGGGGCUUAUAACUUACUUAUCCCGUCACAAUCCUGGAGGCCAAAAGUCUGAAAUCCAGGAGUGGGCAAGGCUGCACUGCCUCCAAGCUAGGGGAGGGACCUUCCUUGUCUCUUCCAACUUCUGCUGGUGGCGAGCAUUCCUCGGCUUGUAGGCACAUCCUCGUCUGCCUUCAUCUUCAUGUAGCCCUCUUGCUGUGUGUAUCUCUCUCCUGUUUUCUUAAACUUACCUUGACUACCUCUGCAGACACACUAUUUUCAAAUAAGGUGGCAUUCCAAAGUUCCAGGGAGACACGGAUUUGGGGGGCACACUGUUCAACCCAGUAUGCUCGAAACAAAGGCAGCACCCCUUGUGUGGCUGUCUCCCCUCCUCCCCAGCUCCUAAGCUGAGCACUGGAAAGAUGGCAGGAACCAGCACUGUGGUCCCUGCAUUCAUAGGCCUGGGUUCCUUUAGGUGCAGCCAACCAGAAACAAAAGGAACAGAUAAAAUGAUCAGAUGGCCCUGGCCAGUGUGGCUCAAUGGUUAGAUCAUUGGCUCUAUUCCCAGUCAAGGGCACAUACCUAGGUUGCAGGUUUGAUCCUGUGUCUCACAUCAAUGUUUCUCUCCCUGCCCCCUCCCUUCCACCCUAAAAAAAUCAAUGGAAAAAAUGUCCUCCAGUGAGGAUUAGCAACGACAAAAUGAUCAGAUGGUGGGUAGUACAUUUUCUGGAGGGAAGAAACCAGCAACCCAGAAAAUGACCAGGGGAGGAAAGCUCCAGUCCCAGGGAGGUAAGAACACAUCCUGAGGCCCUGCCACUGACAGGGCUAGGGUUCCAGGAUGGGGAAGGCCCUCAAGCUGUUAGCAAGAACAUGACCACCACAAAUCCUCCCUCCAGCUUGGCCUGUGCUCCCUCUGUCCCCCACCCCUGCUUGGGAAGCAAUUGCCUGGGGCUCUUUCCUCCCACCAUCCUUGGUCUGCCAUUGAAAGCCAACUUCUUACUCCUGCACAGUCCCCCUGGGCUGGGAUGGCAGCAGUUGGGAAUCCCGUGCAGUUUGACAGGUGGAGCGCCAGGUAGGAGGGAUGAGCUGAGGCUCUGCUUAGGUCUCUGCGGAAGCAAUAUAUAGAGGAAGAAAUUCAAA